AUGGCGGCUUCUACCGUAAGCCGGCCUCCCGUGAGGAUAUCCAAGGUCGCGGGGCGGUACCUGCUCUUCGAUAUAGACGACGUGAUGCACCUGCGCAAGAACCACAACAUCUGCUCCGUGUUCGUCGGGACGAUUCCCCAGAAUCCCCAGCAGAACAUCUUCAUGGGUUUGCCUAUCGAGCUGAUGCCCGAGGAGGCCCAGGUCCUCGUCGACAAGAACGUAGCAUACAUCGUAGACGACGCCGCGUUCCAUCCUGCACGCCUUGCUAUUCUAGAUGACGACGCGCGCAGAAGAUAUUUGCAGUCUGUCAAAGCUGAGGGCAGGAUGGCGCAGAUGGCGGCUGCGGAGAGCAAGCUGAGCGCGAAGCCAAAAGUGAUUACUACUACUACUAAGAAAGAAAAAGUAAAGCCGAAGAAAUCAGAAAACGAGGCAAGCCUCGAAGCAGACGACGAGGAGACCAGCACAAGUCUCUUCAGCCCUCCCUCCCCGCCACCGUCAAGUGGCGUCCCCUCCCACUCCCAACUUCUCCAAGCAGAAGACCACCCCGCCUUCGCAAUAACACCCACAACAAGCAGCCUCAUCCUCCCCCCUUCUCCUCCCCAUGCCCCUCCCGAAGGACCCUUCCCCUUCCCCUUCUCCGCCUCCGUGACCGUCCCGCCCUCGUACCCGCUAUAUGCGCACCUGCAGGACCGCGGCUACUACAUGAUGCCCGGCCUGCGUUUCGGCUGCGAUUACAACGUGUACCCCGGCGACCCCCUGCGUUUCCACAGCCACUUCCAGGCCGCCAGUUACGGUUGGGAGGAGGAGAUUGCCGUGUUGGAUCUCGUCGCCGGCGGACGACUGGGUACGAAUGUCAAGAAGGGGUAUUUGAUUGGCGGGGCUGUGGUAGGUGAUGGCACGGAUAAGAAUCGGAAAAAGAAGGAGGGAAUAGAUGAAAAUCCUAACGCUCCGCGAGCUAGGGCUUUCUGUAUAGAAUGGGCUGCUAUGUAG